UCGCACGGCGUUACCUUGGCAACGUAAACAACAGAGAUAUUUUUAAAUCCAAGAUUGCAAAGCACCUACGUUGUCACUGCUUAUAAAGUGCUAGUAUUUAUAGAGCUAAUUUUAUGUGGAAAUUUUGGAUAUGAUGUGUAAAACUAAAAAUGUCGCAUUCCGUAAAAGUGUAGGUACAAGGGAUUAAUUGGUUUCUGUGAUGAUUAUUUAAUCUGCCGCCUGAACGAAGAGGCUGACAUCUGUGUUGUGUACGUCAUCUGUCACGAAAAUCUUUGUCAAAUCGGUGUUAAUGGUGAUGUGGUCUAAUUUUCGACAAUACAAGUAUCUGUGGUCGAAGGGUAUCUGAGAAAUUUACAAAAAAAUGAGAGUGGAUUAUUUGUUUAUAAUUUAUUCUUUUUUAACGUUUAUAACAUCAAUAUAUGGAAGACGUAUGCCAGAUAGAAAGCUAUGUGCGGAUGCGCUAUGUGAAACUCCAAUAGCAGAAGCUUACACCUUGAUGAAUUAUGGCAGUGACCACCCAAAAAUUUUAUCAUUUAAGGCAAGACAGCCUGUUGUUGUUUAUGGAAGAGCAGCUGGAAACAAAGAGCAGUUAUUGGAUGUGAAGAUUAACAAUAGAAGAGGCUAUAUUCCUAGGGGCUUAAUCAAGGAAACAAAGGUUCUUGUAAAGGCCAAGUAUGUCUCGCAUGUUAUCCCUAUUGGAGAUGAUGGUGAAACACAACUAGUAAACAAAAGUAAUGGGCUACAAACACAUCAAGAAACCUUAAAACAAACUAAGGAUACAGAUUCACAACAAUUAGAAGUGGACACUAACGAUCAGGGCAUUUCCAGUACAAUACAGUACAGGAAACAUGAAAACUCAGCAGAGCAUAUGGAAGAUAAUAUCACAUUGCACCACAAUGCAACACCAGCUCUUGAUGUUUCACCUGGAACAGUAUUGGAUGAACCCGAUAACCAAACGGACUCUUUCACUUCUGGCACAUCACCUUCCAUUGCGCACACAGACACAGAGUCACAUUACAUGCAGUAUUCUACUGUUUCCCCCCAUUUUCAAAGGAAGCUUCACGCCAUUGAAGACAGUGAGGAAAUUGAAGAUAAAAGUGGAGAGAUAACUGAUGGGAGUGCUGAAGACAAAGAAGAUCAGAGUCUCCCUGGUGUUAUCCAUUCAGCAAAUCCUGAGCAAGUGACAGUGAAUGCAGCAUCUGCUGACAUAAAUGAGAUGUCAGAUAGAGUGCAGUCACUGAAUGAAGAUAAUUAUCCUGGUAAUGAUACAAGCAGAGAAGAAACAGAUAGAAAUAUCAAAGAUGGUGAAAGUGAGCCCAUUAUUUCUGCUAAGGACACUGUUACAGUUGAGAAACAUGAGGAUGGAAAGAAAGUAGAGAUUGACAGUGAAGAAAUAAAUGUUGAUUUAUUAAAUGGAAAAGUACUAGAAACCCCACAACACAAUGAUACUGAAUUUGCAGUGGAGAUGAAUUAUAGUAAAAGUUCUGCUGAUAACUUUCAAGUACAUUCAGACAUUUCAGGUGGCUCUGAAAUGGAUAGAAAGGAACAGGAAGCACAAGUGUCUUCAUCUGGUGCUGAUCAUGAUGCUGCUUCAGGGAGUACUCAAGAAGAGCCACAGGGAUCACAUGACAUUUUGGAGAACAAUGUAUUGCUGCCAAACGACACUGCAGAUCAACCACCCCUGUCUCCAAAGAAGACAGAUGGCCCGGAAGUGGAUGGAAAGGAACCUGAAGUACAAGUGUUGUCAUCUGGUACUGAUCUCCAUGUUUUUGCAGGCAGUACUCGGGAAGAGUUACAGGGAGCCCAUGACAUUUCGGAUCACCAGAAGAUAUUGUCGCAGGAAGAUACAACGGAUCAACCAUCCAUGUCUGGUCAUCUGUCUUCAGAGGAGCCAGAUGGGGGUAGUUCAUUAAACUUUGAUAUGAAUGAUUCAGAAAUUAGUGGACAAAAUCUUGAAGUAGGAAGUAAAGUAUUAAGAAAAGACUCGGCAGAAUCAGCAAAAGAAAUAGAUACAAGAUAUAGUGAUGAGGGAAGUGAUGUGGAGACCAAAUAUUCACAGGAAACUGUUGAUAAUAGUAUGGAAGGUGAUGAAUAUGCUAGUCCUCAAGUGUUUGCUAGUUCUGAAGUAGUGUCCGAAGAAAUAAGAUCUCAGAUUUCCCCAGAACUAUUGGAAAAUGAUAGAACUGAAGAUUCAAAGGAUGUUAAUGUCACAGACAUUGCUGGAGAGUUUGAUUCAGAUGCUGCAGAAGUUGCCCAGGAGAAUGACAAUUCAGGCAGUUACGGUGCAGAAAAUAUUUCAUCAGAAGAAAAAGAAGAAGGAGGAGGAGGAGAUAUGUCAGGAGAUGAUAUAGCAAAGUGGGGUACGGCUGCUGAAUCAUAUCGUGCUGAUUUUUUAGUUGGAGAGGUAACAGCCAGUUCACAUGAAUUGAGUGUGACAGAAACAAGCAUUGCCUCAGAACCUCACCCUGUCUAUGAUCUGCAGCAAGAUGAGGACAGUGAAGUAGUGACAGUCAGCUAUGGUCAUACGGAGACAACUUUGAAUCCCGAGAGUCAAGAUACUCAGUUUCAGGAAGAGCAAUUUAAGGCAGAGGACAUAAAAGAUGAAGGUUUUUUUGCAGGGCUAUCAGAAUCAGUGCGUUCAACAUUUAAUAGCAUAACUGGUUAUGGUUUUGGUUCUUCAGUCACUGAGGGAGAAAGAGAAGCAGAUGUAGUUUCCCAUAGUAAAGAGUUUGAAGGUAAAGGCACACAAAACAAAGAGAAAUUAGCUUCUGAAGAUAUGCAAGUCCCUUCUGCCUGGGAUAAGGACCAUUCAUUGCAAGAGGCAGCACAUCACGUGGCAACUGACCCAGAUCAGACUGGUCACAAAGUAGAUGUUGAUGUGCCUUCUGGAAGUGACCUGAGUGAGAUAUCUUACCAGUCAUCUGUCUGUGAGACUGGGAUAAACUGUGGUGGACAGUCUGGCUUGAUACCAAGUGAACCACAACUACAAGAAAGUUCUAUGUCUGAGGAAGUACCAGAGGGCAUUCACAAUAGUGAUGGAACUGGAAAGCUUUAUGAUGCAUUAUCAGAUAAUGCUUUAUAUAUGAUGAUAACAGCAGCUGUCACUGGUUGUGUUUUGGCUUUCACUGUUAUGGUAUCACAUUUUUUGCAAAAGCCACGGUACAUUUCAUUAACAUCAAAUAUUUUUAAAUUAGAAAAGCAGUUACUGUGCUUAAAAACAGAAAAUUCCACUUUGAAAGAAGAACUGCAGAAGAAAGAAGAGGAACUAAGUUCUAUACAGACAUCCUCAUUUGAUUCUGAUAAAGUGGUCAUGCUGUUAAAAUCAGAAUUGGAGGCAUCACAGGCUGCACGAACUGAACUGGAGGAGCAGGUGGCUUCUCUGGAGAAGGAGCUGGAAGCUGCAACAGAAGCUGGUCUUGAACUGAACCGGAUGCUGUCAGAUUUCCUCUCCACUCAACAUGGCUCAGAAACAUUGGUGAAAAGUGUGGAGCAUUUACAAAAGCAACUUGAUGCUCAACAACACACUAUCACUGAAAUGAAUAAUAAUCUCAGCAUCAAAAGCCAAGAGAAUGAAAAUCUUCAACAGGAACUGGCUGCAGCAACCGAAAAACUCUCAGUACAAGAAGAGGAGUUACAGAAAACAACAGAUUCGCUUCUCAAAAUUCAGAAGGAAAAAAUUGACCUGAUGUCAGAAAUGGAAGAAAAGAUAAGAGCCCUUCAGCAACAACUGUCUCAGAUAACUGAGAGUACGCGCUCGGAGAUUAGUCGAUUAACAAAUGAGCUGGAAGAGUCCCGGGAAACUGUUGCAAUGCGUGACAGUGAAUUGACAGUACUGCAAGACUGUCUCCGCCAGUUAAAAGCUUUUGAGGAGGGACAAGGUUCAGAGCAGCUGGAUACAUUACUGGAUGUAGGCCAUGCUCGUGCCGAACUUGCACUCGUCUCAAUGGAUCGUGACAGUCUGAAGGAUCGUCUCCAUGAUGAAGAAGUGGCUAGGAAAUUGCUUGAAGAUCACGUGAGAGUCAUUAAGGAGGAAGUAAAAACUUUGCAAUCAAAGUAUGAGGAAGCCGAAAAAGAUAAAUUAGAAGCACAGACACGUUUAGAAGUACUGUCAAAUUAUUUCAAAGAGAAAGAAACACAGUUACAAAGGGAACUGGGCUUGCAGGAAGCCAUGUACAUCCAGAAGGAAGGUGAUGCUACCUCAACAUAUGAGCGAAUAAAAUCUUUGCAAGAGGAAAUUGAAAAUUACAAGUCGCAGAAUGAUACAUUGAAGAAGGAAAUUAUUGAUCAGGAACGAAGUCUGAAAAGUCAGAUUUCAACUCUUGAAAAGAAAGCUCAUGAGAAUUGGGUUGCAGCGCGCCAAGCAGAGCGAAGGUUGGAAGAAAGCCGUCAAGAGGCUGGACAGUUAAGGAACCGCCUCACUGUAGUGGAGAAGAACAUUACAAAUACAUCACAAAACAGCUCGGAAAGUGGCAAAGUUGGUGACAGAUUGCAAGGAGCUGAUUCAAAUGGCGAGCUUCCUACCUCGUUUCUCCACAUGGGGAUGCAAGAAAUGCAGGAUCCCUCAUUCCAGCAUCGUGACCGCGAUGGACAUCCUGUGUCCCCGCCGCUGAUCCCUGGUCAGCCACUACCUCCUUUCAUGGGCAUUCCUCCCCCAGGAGUUUUCAUGCCCCCACCACCCCUCCCAGGUGCACCAUUUGUUCCACCACCACCUCCGCCCCUUUUUCCAGGUGAUAGACGACCUCCACCAUUAGGGCGCAUGUCCUCACCACCUCCACCCCCACAUCGCUAUUCUCCUGAGGCUAGAGGUGACUUUUCACCUUACGACCAGUCUCCCCCCCUUUCACCUCAUGAGUAUGAUGACGAUGAUGAUUCACCGCCUCGUAGGUUUCACCAUAGGUCACCACCACCUCCUCCACUUGCACCUUAUCCACCACCUCCACGACAACUUAGUCGCUGGGAUGACCCACAUUCUGGCUUUAGACCCUUGCCUCCUGUACACAGAGAAAGCCCUCGUGAUUCUAAAGGAUCAGCACUGAGUUCUGGUCAUUCAUCAGAAUCAUUGGAUAAGUCAAGUCGACAUAGUGGAAGAGUAUAGCAGUGGUAGAAUUAGUUGAAGAAAUUCCUGAAGAAAGUUCCUUAUAUGGAAGAAUGGUUAUUAGUGAUACAUCCAGAUAUUGAUGAUGCAAACUAUCAUGUACUGCAAGCCAGUUACACAACAAAAUGAUUUUAACUGGUGAUCAGACGUCCAUUAAAUGUAUCAGCUUAUAUUCUUGUGACACAUUUCCAGGAACUUUAUAACAUAAAUGUUUCAUGUCUAAAAGUUGCUGUUACUCCAGCUGUUGAGAUUUAUAAGGAGGACAACAUUCAUUCCUUCGUUGAAAAGAAUUAAAUUUGUGAAUCUGGCCUUGCAUUGUUGUAGGAUGCUCAUAGGCUGUUGCAUAUUGUAUUGAUACUGGAAGUGUUGCAAGAAUAACCACCGGGGAAUUUUAACUGUGAUGCAGAUCACUUCAAAGUGUUUUUUGAAAGUGUGUAUGUGUUGGAAUAUACACUUUCAGUUUGCCAUUAGUUUUAAAAUGUGCCUUGUGCUACCUAAAGUUGCAUUGCGGUUAAAUAAUACAUUGAGUUUUGUAUGACUGAAGUUCUGCGCUGUUGGAUGGUGUAAAAUUUGAGAGAAGUUGGUUUGUUGUGGGCAUGUGUUGUGGAAUAUUUGCAGCUUUCAACUUGUCACAUGUAUGAAAUAGAAUGAAAUAUUGCGCCCUGUGGAAAGCCUGUCUCAGUGUUAAUUGGUAGACAGUACAAUAUGCACAUCUCUCUGUAUCAUCUAAAUAACUUUCCAUUGCCCUGAAGAUUAAUUGUACUUUUGCGAUAUCAUAGCUGUGACUUGUAUUGAACAGUACAAACAUUUAUUUUUGUUAUGAUUUUGACACACAUUAACUUUUUGUUCUUGUGCAAAAAAUUGAGAGCAUUCUUUCUGUAUUAUUUUAUAAACACAACAGCAAUUUUGAAAGUUUCUUUUAUAGGUGCUACUGUUUUACACUUUUUUUUAAAAUAAGAAAAUAGUUUUUAUUUCCCCAAUUUUAAUGAGAGUGAGAUUUUAGUUUUUGUUCUUCACAGAAAAAAUAAUAAAAUAUUGAAUCAGCAAAGUUAAAUGUGCCGAGAGGUCACAGAUUUUGGUGAUAAUAUGCAGACUUCAGCAGCAUUAUAUCAGAAUGGCUAUACUUUCAUUAAAAGGGAUGACAUGAUUUUUUCACGUGUUGAAGUAUAAAACAAGUGAUUGCAUGUUCAUGUUGAACAUCGUAAUUGAUACAUUGUGCUGUAUUCUUAUUUCGUGAGAGUUUUUAUUUUGAUAGGUAACAAGCUCUUUUUGUGCAUUCCCUCUUCAGAAGUUUUAUUAGAGAAUGUAAGAUUCAAGAGGAUGUACAUGCAGAAAAAAUGUGUUUUUAUUAUGCCACAUCACUAGUACUGUCGAAACAUGCCAUAUUUUCAAGAAAACUUAAUUGUCCAUUUUUGGCUGUAACUAUAUUACAGAAAAUGAUGAUAGAAAUUUGGGACAUUGCAUCUUGUAAUUAUGUUGUUAAUAUUUAUUGUAAAUUCUUGUAUAUAAUUUAUGCUGAAUGAAUUUUAUGUUCAACAGUUGCCGAAUUGGAUGAUAAAGAAUUGUCGUGGGUGUUUAUGUCAGUUUGAAAGCUUACAUAACAUGGGUAAGAAGUUAACUCAGCCAAAUGGAAUGUUUUAGAUCAUUCAAAAUAUCUAGGCAUGUGUGUUGAGGUGAUUACAAUCUAAUUAUGUGGAAACAGUGAAUAGCCUGUUCCUCUAGUGAAGACUGUACAUGAAAAAUUGUUGUGUGUAUGUUUUUACAUGAAUUUCUUGUGUAAAUAGAAUAUUAUAUUGUUUAUAA